AGGGGGAGAGGGGGGCAGUGACUAUCGUGUGUGGCUGCCUCACUGAGCCCCUCUGGCAGAGAGAAAGAGAGGAUGAGCAACUCCUGAGCAAGAGGGAGAGAGAGAGAAGGGUUAUGUGUGUGAGCUCAUGUGAGUGUGUGAGCAGGGCAUGAGAAAAUCUCUGCCAAACCCACGAACCAUUUGUAAGAAUAGCUGGAAAAACGGGGCCACAGCGAGAUGCCAAGAAUAGGGCACAAGGCAUUCCUCUCCCUGCUAAGGCUUUUCACAAACAUCUCAGCUGAUCUCAGAGGUUCCACUGGUGAGGACCGCAACGGAUUCAUCCUGCAAGUUUAAAAAGAAGAAGACUGGGAGACUGUUUGGAGGGACCGCAUUAACCUUUCUCUUAACAAGCAGCAUGGUUGAAGAAAAUGUUGGAAGUGCAGAAGCAGAGAUAUGUUCCGCAUCUCAUGUGAGCGCCUGAGACCUGGACUAUCAGGUGAAACCUCAACUCUUCACACACUAAGCUGAAGAUCAACUUCCAGAGGAGCUGCAGCCAUGCUGUGUGGUCUGAGGAGGGACACCAAGAACAGCAUUGAUGAAGGACCAUACUCCAAGGGGAGCAAAGAGACAACUGACCAAUCGCAUUCCUCCCGGGGGCGAAGCCUUUCAGCAGAGGAGUAUCGAGGAGUGACCACGGUGGAGCUGAUGAAAAGGGAAGGCAGCAGCCUUGGCCUCACCAUCUCCGGAGGCUCUGAUAAAGAUGGCAAGCCCAGAGUGUCAAACCUACGGCCAGGUGGGCUGGCUGCCAGGAGCGACCAGCUGAAUGUGGGCGACUACAUCAAGUCAGUGAAUGGCAUCAACCUGUCAAAGCUCCGGCACGAUGAAAUCAUUAGCCUACUGAAGAACAUCGGGGAGCGAGUCGUCCUGGAAGUGGAGUAUGAGCUGCCUGCAUAUGUCCAGAGUCCGUCGGGAGUCAUAACUAAAACCAUAGAGGUGUUUUUACACAAGGAGGGAAACAGUUUUGGCUUUGUCAUGAGAGGAGGUUUCCAUGAAGACUGGCGAAGGUCUCGUCCUUUGGUGGUUACCGGUGUCCGGCCCGGGGGUCCAGCAGACAGAGAGGGCACGCUAAAGGCCGGAGACCGGGUUUUAAGCAUAGACGGGAUGCCUUUGAACAGAGAGAGGCACGCUGAUGCGUUGACCAUGCUGAUGCAGAGCGGCCAGGAAGCUCUGUUCCUGAUCGAGUAUGACGUUUCUGUCAUGGAGGCAGUGCAGCAGGCCUCGGGCCCUCUGCUGGUGGAAAUAGUGAAAGGUCCUUCUGCCAGCCUGGGGAUCAGCCUCACAACCACAACGUACAGAAACAAGCAAGUCAUCGUUAUCGACAAGAUAAAGCCAGCAAGUGUGGCGGAAAGAUGUGGCGCGCUUCAUGUGGGAGACAUCCUGCUGUCCAUAGACGGGACAAACACUGAGCACUGCUCCCUGAUGGAGGCAACGCAGCUGCUGGCCAGCACCUCGGAGAAUCUCAAACUUGAGAUUCUUCCAGCCAGUCAGAGCAGACUUCCCAUCAGGCCACAAGACACAGUUAAAGUACAGAAAAGCAACCAUCAUCACUGGGACCAAAGCAGCAACUACUGCCAUCCCCCACACGCCAGCCACAGCAAGACAUGGAGCAGCCCGAGCCACCCACACAACCAGCAGGACCACUGCAAAUCAGCUGUGAGCGCCGGCUUCUCCCCUUCAUCCACAGCCACCUCCGGCUUCAGCAGCCAAGGUAGCAACACUCUGCCCUGCCCCAUUGCCCCCGUUGCCCCCACCAGCCCCCACAGCGCCACUGGGAGGAGAAGGAACAGGAAGAAGGACCACAAGAGCUCAAUGUCCCUGUCCUCCAGCUCUGUUGGGCCUGGGGGGCAGAUUUUCCACGUGGAAACGAGUGAAGUCCUCCUGAGGGGGGACCCACUAACUGGGUUUGGGAUCCAGCUGCAGGGCGGCGUGUUUGCCACAGAAACACUGUCUGCACCCCCGGUCAUCCGCUUUAUAGAGCCCGACAGCCCCGCCGAGAGGUGUGGACUGUUGCAAGUUGGAGACAGAGUGUUGUCCAUCAAUGGGAUCCCGACUGAAGAUGGCACUCUGGAAGAAGCUCAUCAGCUGCUCAGAGACUCUGCUCUGGCAAACAAAGUUACAGUGGAGGUUGAAUUUGAUGUUGCAGAGUCUGUUGUUCCAAGCAGUGGCACUUUCCACGUCAAACUACCGAAGCGCAGAGGAGUGGAGCUGGGCAUCACCAUCAGCGCAAGUAAGAAACCUGGCAAGCCCCUCAUCAUCUCGGACAUCAGGAAAGGAAGCAUAGCACACAGAACAGGCACUCUGGAGCCCGGGGACCGGUUGCUGGCCAUCGACUCUAUUCGCCUGGAGAACUGCACCAUGGAGGACGCCAUGCAUGUCCUGCAGCAGGCCGAAGACAUGGUCAAACUGCGGAUCCAGAAGGACGAGGACAACAUUGAUGAGCUGGAGAUGUCAGGCUCCAUAAUCUACACAGUUGAGCUGAAGAGGUUUAACGGACCCCUGGGCAUCACGAUAUCUGGCACAGAGGAACCUUUCGACCCCAUCGUCAUUUCUGGCCUUACCAAGAAAGGUCUGGCAGAAAGAACCGGGGCCAUCCACAUAGGAGAUCGAGUUCUGGCCAUCAACGGGGUCAGCCUUAAAGGGAAGCCUCUGAGCGAGGCCAUUCAUCUGCUGCAGACGGCCGGGGAGUCCGUCACCCUCAAAAUCAAAAAACAAGCUGACCAGUCUGACUGUCGGCGUUCGGUGGACAAAGAAGGCGGCUUUCUGAGCGAUCCAGAGGAUGAACUAACAGGCUCCCAAAAAACCAGCAAAUUCUCAGAGGUCUACUCGGCCAAUGUUCCCAGCAUAGACUCGGCCAUGAGCUCCUGGGACAGUGCGGCGUUUGAUGCAGGCUACAUUAGCCAAGGACUAUAUCUGCACAAAACAUCUGAUUUACUCCUAAAUCCACUUGACUGGAGGCGCCCGAAGCACAGAAGCCACACGCCCUCCGGCUCUGGAGGUUUGGGACUGCAAGCAGGGCUGUACGAUGGAGGAUUCACUGAGGAUGAGUGGGACAAGAUACCUGGAUUCGUCAGCCCCCCUUCCUGCCAUGGCACGUUGAACAAAGACGACAGCUUCUGGUCCCAGGCUCUCCAGGACCUCGAGACCUGUGGUCAGUCUGGGAUUCUCAGGGAACUGGAAGCCUCUAUGACAGGCAGCACACUCAGUCUGUACCUGGAGGAGACCAAGACCAGUGAAGACUCAGUGUUGCGCUCUGAGAUUAGUCCAACAAAGACGGAAGGAAUCCACGGCAGGUCUAAAAACAAAAGCCUGAACAUGGCAGGAGCCAGAGAUGGAUCAUCCAGGGCCAAAGGGGACCCCUCUGAUAUUCUGUCCCCUUCAUCCCUGGCACUGCAGAAGGUCUCUCUAAGGAAGGAUCUUGAGAGCCACGACUUUGGUUUCAGUGUAUCAGAUGGGCUCUUGGAAAAAGGAGUUUAUGUCAACAUGAUUAGGCCGGACGGCCCCGCUGAACAAGCUGGUCUGAAACCUUAUGACCGGAUACUUCAGGUGAACCGCGUGAGGACCAGGGACUUGGACUGUUGUCUCACUGUGCCUCUAAUUAUGGAGGCCGGAGACUGCCUGGAUCUGGUCAUUAGCAGGAAUCCACUGGCAGCCGUUUACGCGGAGCUGCCCAACAACUGUGACGACCCCUCGAGCUCGCUUCUCUGCUUCGCCAACUACAGGACCAACAGCAUCGCCCUGUGAACACGGGGGGGAUGAAAGUGGAACACUGCAGCGCUGGGACCUCACACAUGCAACACACGUGGUUCAGUUUGUCGCAUUGUAGCUCUCUGAUGGACCUUUACGCUCGUGUUCUGCACACAGGAACAACCACAGUCUGCCUCAGAGCAUCUCUCUCUCACUCAACAUUACACGACUGUUGCUUUUGGUCACUGCUGUGUUCAGAUGAUUUAGUUCUUUGGAGACUGAGGCUUCAGAACAGAGUCCCCUAUCACUCCGUCCCUCCUGUUCUCCCCCGCCCCCCUCCUCCUCGCCAGAGGCACAGCCACAUGGAGGGUUAUAUAACCGAAGAGUCAUUGCUUCUGACGGGGGCCAGGACGUCAACGCACAUGUCUUCACUCUGCAGGAUCGCAUGAUGUGCACACUCGCAGCUAAAGAUCUAAUAUGUUUUAACGUUCUUGUUGCCACUGGUUUUAUUUUUCCACACGGAAUGCAUUGGUUUAUAUGCAUGGAAAGCACUAACGUAGAGACACCAGGCGUUGGUGAGAUCAAGGAACAUUGCACUUAUUUGAGUUAUUUCAGCCAUGAGUUGGCUCACUGCCUUGGUUUUCUGGCCUCUGCCCAGCACUGGCUGCCCUAAAAAGCGGAUGAGCCCUUGAAUAGUCCUGAGCACUCCCUGACACCUGCCAACAACUUUAUAUUUUAAUUCCACAAAAACACUUGAGGUCAAUUGAACCUGUUUAUGACACUUGAAUUAUGAUUAUGCUCUGAAUUGUUCCAGAGGGAUGUUUGUGUGCACAAAUGAUUUCUUUUAAUGUCCACUUUUUUUUUUCAGUAUUUGCUUCUGUCACACAUUUACAAAGAUGUGGGUCAUGUUCAUUUUGCACAUGUUCAAACACUGUUUACUUUUUUUUUUAAGAGCUCAAAUUCAAUUUUCACAACUUUUCUGGACAUUCUGCUCUUUCUAACAUGAAACGCUAAGGAUGCAAGCUGUAUGCAAAUCCUUAUUUUCUAUGUUCUUACAGGGAACUUUGUGAGAGUGCACUUUUUUAGUUUAAAAGUAGGAUGUGGUAAUUCAUUCUUUUUGUAAUAAAAUGAACGCACUGAUCUGAAAGAUUACGUUAAGUUAUGUGGUGGCUGGUGUGAAUAUGUUGGUGUCCCAUUUGUAACAGCCUCAGAGGCAAAUUUAUAGUUGGGUGAGCUUGUUUCAGACUUCUCAUGCAAUGUCAUUCAAUGUCGAGGCCCGUUUUAAAGGUCUUCUCUUAGUAUUACAAUGUUUUUGUAAAAUGC